CCACCGCUCCUUUCCCCGUUCUAUUCAGGUCUCACGUGGGAGGUGAUUCCUGCGCCGCUGAACAUCCGCGCUUUUCCGGGGCCAGUCCCUCCCAACGAGGAAGCGACAGAGUUGUCUGCAUUUAUCCAAGACAGCGGAAAAUGAACAAGUCCCAGAUUGAACAGAAAUUCCAGGGGUCAGUGUCAUUUAAGGAUGUGACUGUGGGCUUCACCCAGGAAGAGUGGUAGCACCUGGAUUCAGCUCAGAGGUCCCUGUCUAGAGACAUGAUGCUGGAGAACUACAGUAACCUUGUCUCAGUGGGUAAGUAUUGUGUUACCAAACCAGAAGUGGUCUUCAGGCUAGAGCGAGGAGAGGAGCCAUGGAUACUGGAGGAAGAAUUCCCAAGCCAGAGCUUCCCAGAAAUCUGGAAAACUGAUCACAAGAAAGAAAGAAGCCACCAAAACCAGCCUAAACAUGUGUGGGAAGUUGCAUUCAUCAAUAAUAAAACACUAACUAAAGAACAAGGUAAUGUAGUAGAAAAACCACUUAACUUGGAACAAAGUCUUCCUUCCAGAAGAACCCUCUGUCAGUGGGACUCACAUGGAGUGAAUUUCAGCUGUAUUUCAGAAUUGUUUAUCAAUAAGAAAAACUGUUUAGGAAAAAAGACUGAUGAAUUUAAUGCCUGUGGAAAAUUGCUACUCUGUAUUAAACGUGAGAAAACUCAUACUAGAGAGAAGAGUGAAUUUUUUAAAAAUGGGAAAAUGUUGAGUCAUGAUGAGGACCCUAUUCAUCCUGAGAAGAUUCAAAUGUUAGAGCAAAAUUUUGAUUACAAUAUUUAUCAAGAAACCUUCCUUGAAAAGGCAAUAUUUAGUACGUACAAGAGAGAGAUUGCAGAAGGUAAUGAUUGUGAGUGUAAUGAAUAUGGGAGAACCUUCUUUGAUAACUCCUUCUUAGUCCAUCGGAUAAAUUCCUCAGAGGAAAAUCACUGUGGAUUUAGUGAUUGUGGAAAAUCCUUAUGUAUAAAGUCUACCCUUUUGAAACAUCAUGGGGCACAUAUGAAAUACUAUGAAUGUAAUCAAAGUGGGAAUGAUUUCGGGAGGAAUUUAUGCCUUUCACAACUUCAGAAACCUCAUAAAGGAGAAAAACUUUGUAAUGAAUGUGGGAAAGCGUUUUGGGAGAAAUCCCACCUCAUUUGACAUCAGAGGAUACACACAGGAAAGAAACGCUUUCAGUGUAAUGAAUGUGGAAAAACUUUUUGGGAGAAGUCAAACCUCACUAAACAUCAGAGCUCACACACAGGAGAGAAGCCUUAUGUGUGCAGUGAAUGUGGGAAAGCCUUCAGCCACAAGUCAUCCCUCACAUUACACCAGAGAACACAUCCAGGUGAGAAACCCUAUCAGUGUAAUGCAUGUGGGAAAACUUUUUAUCAGAAGUCAGACCUCACUAAACACCAGAGAACACACACAGGACUGAAAGCCUAUGAAUGCUAUGAAUGCGGGAAUUCCUUCUGUAUGGAUUCACACCUUACAAUACAUCAGAGAACUCAUACAGGUGAAAAACCCUUCAAAUGUCCUGACUGUGGGAAAUCUUUCUGUCAGAAGUCACACCUUAGACAACAUCCAAGAACUCACAUAGGGGAUAAACCCUAUGAAUGUAAUGCAUGUGGGAAAACAUUCUACUACAAGUCAGUUCACCGGCAUCAGAUAAUUCAUACAGGGUUGAAACCUUAUGAAUGAUUUGAAUGUGGGAAAACCUGCUUGAAGUCUGACCUCACAGUACAUCAGAGAACUCACACAGGGGAGAAGCCUUUUGCAUGUCCUGAAUGUGGGAAAUUCUUCAGCCAUAAGUCUACCCUCUCUCAACAUUAUAGGACACAUACAGGGGAGAAACACUUUGAAUGUCAUGAAUGUGGGAAAAUCUUCUAUAGUAAAUCAUACCUAACUAAACAUAAUAGAACACACACAGGGGAGAAGCCCUACGAAUGUAACAAAUGUGCGAAAACCUUCUGUCAGAAGUCUCAGCUCACACAGCACCAGAGAAUUCAGAUAGGUGAGAAACCUGAGUUUAAUGAAUAUGGAAAGGCUUUCUAUCAUAAGUCCACCUUAAUUGUCCACCAGAGAACUCAUACAGAAGAAAAGCCCUAUAAAUGUAAUGAAUGUGGGGAAUCGUUCUGUGUGAAGUCAGGACUUAUUUUACAUCACAGAAAACACACAGGGGAGAAACCCUAUGAAUGUAAUGAAUGUGGGAAAUCCUUCAGUCACAAAUCAUCCCUCACAGUACCUCACAGAGCUCACCCAGGAGAGAGAUCUUGUCAGUGUAAUGAAUGUGGGAAAAUUUUUUACCGUAAGUCAGACCUUGCUAAACAUCAGAGAUCACACACAGUGGAGAAGCCUUAUGAAUGUAACACAUGUGAAAAAACCUUCUCUCAGAAGUCAAACCUCAUUGUACAUCAGAGAACACACACAGGAGAAAAUCUUACAAUUGAAGUGGAUGUUAGGAGUGUCGAGCUGCACUUCAGCAGCCAUUACACAAGAAUUCACACCGGCAGAAGCUCUGUUGACAUCCUGAAUGUUCGGGAACCUUCUUCCACACAAACUGGCCUUAUUUUACUCCAAAGUAGACUGCGACAAAUGCAGGACAGUCUUGUUAAGUAACAUUCCAUUGAAUGUUACCAAGAAAAUACUGGUAUAAAGUGUGACAGAUUUUUUUAUUUUGUAAAAGUAUCUUUGUUUGCUUUUUUAGCAAAAAUACAAACUAGGUUAUGUCAGAAUUUAUAUUAAAGAGAAACCUUUCAAUUUGGGGGUAUAUAGCUUGAAGAUUAUUUUUAGAAGUAACACAACAUUAGAAGUUGAGUUUUGGGUUUUGAUGCCAUAUUUAUCUUUGGGAAACAUAAGAAAUUGUAAUUUAUAGAAGUAUAUUGUGCCAUGUAAAGCUUUAAAAACUAACUAACUAACUAAUAAAUAAAAUGAAAAAAUAGAAUCACAAGAAGUUGCAGUCGUACAUAGAAUUCUCACGUGCCCUCCAGCAGGCUUCCUCUGUGGCUGAUUUCCACAACCAUUGUAUAUUGUCAAGCAGAGGGAGUUGAUGGUACCACAGUACUAAGUCACAUACAGUCCUUAUUCUCACUUCAGUUUUUACAUGCAGUUUGCGUGUACGUGUAGUUCUGUGAAAUUUUAUCACUUAAUAGUUUGAGUAACCAUCAACACAGCUUACAAAAUCGAAAAGGAAUCUGGAGUUUCUGUUGCAUUAGAAUUACAAGGGAAUCAUGAUUUCAUCACGAGAAGUUCCCUCGUGUUAAUCGUACUGCAGCCCUCAUUCUGGCAAUCAUGUGACUAUGAAGCUUUUUAAAAGCAGAAAUAAACUGAGUAAUUAGGGCCACAGCCUUAAAUCCUUAUGUGAAGCAUCCCUCAAGUGUGCAGGAUUUGCAUUUCCACAUACGGUACCUUAUAUAAACUAUAUGUGCUUCAUAUGCAUCAUGAAACUUAAUCUAGUUGUGAACACAGAACAGCCACUCCUAAUUUGGCAGUUGUUACCAUAUCAGGCACAUCGCUCAUGUGUGUAAGGGCUGAGCAGUUUGUAAAAGGAGGCCCACAGAGCUCAUUUGUAACACUUUAGAAUGUAUAAAUCAAAAUAGCGAAGUGGCAAGUAGAAUGUAUUUAGUGUAGAGGGAUAUCUAGUUCCUAGUCUCAUUUUCCCCAUUCACUCAUGGUUCAUGCCAAACCAGGAGUACCUUGAGUAUACAUAUGUGAGUCCUCUAGUCCUCAGCCCAAAUUUUAUACAAACCCUCUGCAAGUAGCUGCCCUCUAAGGCAGAGGCCAGUGUAGCCAGAGACAGAUCUGAGCCGUUGGAGAUUUUUGGCUCUGUGAGAAGGUGGGUUGAGACUGGAGCGGGUGGGGCUGGAGUGAGGCAUUUAUUGACUGACAGGGUAUAAAGGUGGUAUAAUAAAUUACACCAUCAGUGAGAUUACACAAACCAGGUUACAGAAACAAAUGGUCUUAACUUGCACAAAGAGUCUAAGCUUACAUCUUAGGAAACUAGGAAAAGGAGCUGAUUAAAUCCAGCAUAAACUUUCUUCGAGCAGAAAUCAGUAGAACCAAAAGUUAGUUAUUUGAAAAGGUUAAUGAAACUGAUAAACAUCUUUGCUAAAUUAAAUAAGAAAAAGAGAAGAUACAAGGUGCUGAGAAGAGAAUGAGGGAAAGCCGUAACAACUGAUUCCAUGGACAUUAAAAGGAUAAUAAUACUAUGGACUGCUCUCUGUCCACAAAUUUCAUAACCUAGAUAAAAUUAAAUAGACCAGUUCCUUGAAGGACACAAUCUGCCAAAACUCACCAAAAGAUCUAACUAGGCAUAUAGCUGUUAAAGAAAUUGAGUUAAUACUUGAUCUUCCAAAUCAGUGUCAGGCCCAAAUGUGUUCAUUAGUGAAUUCUACCAAACACUUCAGGAAGAAGUGAUACCAUUUCUCUACAAUCUCUUACAAAAAGUAAAAGCAGAACUACUUUUUAACUCAUUCUUUGAAGCCAGCAUUGCUGUAGUAGCAAAACGAGGUAGACAUUACAAGAAAAGGAAACUGCAGAUAGAAGUCUAUGUCUUGGAACAUAGAUGCAGAAAUCCUCAACAAGUCAUUAGCAAAUUGAAUCCAACAGUAUACAUUUUCACACCAUGACCGAGUGGGGUUUAUUUCAGGUAUGCAGUCCUGGUUCAACAUUUGAUAAUCAGUUCAGGUAACCCAUCACAUCAACAGGCAAAAGAAGAAAUUACCAUAUGAUCAUACCAAUAGGUUCAGAAAAGCAUUUCACAAAAUCUUAACCCACAUUCACAAUAAGAAAUCUCAGCAUACUAGGAAUACAGGGAAUUUCUUUAACUCAGUAAAACAUGUCUUCAACAGCCCUAUAGCUAACAUUGUACUUAAUGGUGAGAAUAGAUGCUUUUCCGGUAAUGUAAGGAGGAAGGGGGCCCCUUUGACCACUCUUUUUCAGCCUCCUUCUGGAAGUCUUUGCUAACAUAGUAUUAUAAAGAAAAUAAACUUGGAUUUGGAAGGAAGAGAUAAUAAAACUGUCUAUAUUCACACAUGACAUGAUUCUGUAGGUAGAAAAUUCCAAGGAGUCAACAAUAGAAUACCUUGACACUGGUAAGCAAUUAUAACAAGGUUAUAAGGUACAGUGAUUGAGUGAGUGGUAAAAAGAAAUGAACUCUCAGGAAUAGAAGACAUGGAGGAAACUCACUUACAUGUUGCUAAAUGAAAGCCAAUCUGAAAAGACUUUACACUUUGGUUUCCAUCUAUAGUGCAUUCUGAUAACAGCAGAAGCUUAUGGAGACAAUAAAAAGAUGAGUGAUAGCCAGGGUUUCGCGGCAAGGCAGGGAAGUUUGAAUAGGUGGAUUUUAGAGGAUUUUUAAGACAGUGAAACAAUGCUGUAGGAUAUUAUAAUAGUAGACACAUGUCAUUUACUUGUCAAUGCCCAUAAAGUAUAAAACACAAAGGGUAAACCGUGAGGUAAACUGUGGACUUUAGUUAGUAAUAAUGUAUCAAUAUUGGCUCACCAGUUGUAACAAAUGUACCACACUAAUACAAAAUUCAAAUACGGGACUGUAGCAGUGGGUAGAAGUGAAGGGUGUACAUAGGAACUCUGUACUUUCUGCUCAAUUUUUUGUAACUCUAAAACUACUCUAAAAAAUAAAGUGUAUUAAACAA